AGGAGAUGCCCCGUCUGGUCGGAGUUGGCUUCAGCGAUGGGAACUUAAGUUAGACAAGACGGUUGGGCUGGUGUACCCGUGCCCCUGGUCCCAGUUUACGCCCAAGGAAAUGACGUCUCUGAAGGGCCACAAUCUAAGGAGUCAAAUGUAAACACUGCCCAGAAGGCCAUGUGGUUUCUACUUAAAUUGGCUGAUAUCCAGUGUUAGCUUGAGGGAUAGCAGCCAUGCUAAACGCUCUGCUAAGCUGCUAUCGCUAUUUCUAGUUGAAAGAAUUCUCACGCAGAGGAAUUGAGGUCAACUUCCAUCAUCCAAUUUCACAAAAUGAUCUUUGUUCAAAGCUGUUUGUUUUUGCCAAAGAGCCAGCCAAGUCAGGUUUUGGCAAAAAAACAUUUAUGAGAUUGAAUGAAACAUUCCAUGUUACAACUUCUAAACGUCAAGUACGCACAACUAUCAAUACCAUGUUUUCUUUCAUAAUUUAUGCUGUUUUAUGUCACUUGUCAUGUGCAUAUGAAUAACUAACAAUAUUUUUGUAUGAAGUGACUUAAUAUAAAUUUGACUUAACUUAUGUAGUCCUACCUUGCAACAUACUCAAACAGGGAGUACAAAGAGACAGAUUUCCAUUAGAUUAAAAACCUACAAAUAAUUAUAAAAGAUAUAUCUUUGGUGAUAAGCCACCUCUUGGUUUCAAAUCAUUUUAAGUGACUCUGAUUAAGUGAUUGCUUUUCAUUGUUGACAUUACCCACCCACUAGUAUUAAGUAACUCUCUUAUAUGUAGGCCUACUUAGAAUAUUUCAUGGCACUUUGUCAAAGACAAUACUGUUUGAUAAAGAAACACCCAUUUCUGUAGUUAAGUGACUAGAGGCACCUAUGGUUGGCAUCUAUUUCUUGAAACAUCUUAACUUUAUAAUUCCAGCUCUUGGGCCACCAGACUCAAUUAACACGUAUAUCCGUUUCAAUGUGCAGAAUGAUUCAAAAACAUUAGUAAAACCGAAAAUGGUAUAAGGCAUUUAUUUUAUGCUUGAUUUCCUUCUAAAUUCGCCUGAAAGAAAUAUGUAUUUUCUUGAUCUUGAUUUGUCUCAACACGUGCUUGUUUCACUGGAUCAUUUUUCUAAUUACAUAUAUUUUCUAUUAGUUUGUUUUCAUCAGAGAGCAUGUCCUACUUUUAUCGUUAAAAACCCUGUUACUGUCGAAUUGCUUUUCUUCUAAAUCCACUGGCAAAUGCCCAAACAGUUACCUCAACUUAUGAAGAAGUCCGACACGCGGAUGGUUCAGCAGUGGAUUCAGUCGGCAUUUGAGUUUAGGGGCCUGUUAGAAAAAUGUCCCGAAAAACAACUCGUUGAAUAUACUCACAUGCAAUUGUAUUGUUUUAACGUGUUGAUGUACUUUACCCACUGGAUACAUGCGUGCAAUAAAAUAAAGAACAUUUCGAGAAAUUGGUCUUAAGACGAGGCAACCAACAGAGGACUGAAAUAAUUGUGCCAAAUGAUUGUGCAACUUCAAACGUUUGUGUGAGAUGUGAAGAGAUGUAGCGCCGUUAUGCCCUUACCUUGGGGAACCAGAGCUGCUCUAUUAACCACUCAUUUAUUCGACAGCCGCGGACGCAAUUAAAGUAAACGAAUAGCACCUGGGUGACCUAUAGUCCCAAACACCAAAAGAGAAAUGGCAGUUGUCGCUAUUUUCAAAUUAGUAAUCUAGUGUAACUCAAUUUAGGCCUACUUGUAACCCAAACAACUGAUAAUCAGAUAUUGUGAUCUAGGGCUCAGUUGUUCAUCAAAGGUGAUCGAACGAUCUGGGGAUCAAAAACACAAGACGAACAUGAGCACAACGGUAGAUCUACAGUCUGUGUCUACCCAAAACAAUAACAAGACUAAUGACACAACGGAUCCUGAGGACCAAUCAGCCACCCAACCCAUAAUCCUUCAAUUCCUUCAAGAGGCCUCCAAACUCGCUGCCCCAAGCCACAGAAAUCUAGGUGGCUCAACCUUUGGCCCGGUUAGCAGCGACCGAAAGGAUGCUCACCCUUCCAAUAAUUGUUUGGACGCAUAUCCUCAACACAGCUGGGCCCAAACGUUUUCCUAUGAUGGGGAAGAGAACAGUGGCAUGUAUAUGAUUACAACUCACAUUGGGCCCGACCUGCAGGGCAGCAACCCCUGGGAGGUGAUGAGCCUGAUCAAUCUGCAGUGUGAGAAGCUUCUACACCACAGAGGGCAAGGAGAAUCAGACUGCACUUCGACCUCUUUCUCUUCCACUUAUUCGAAUUCCAUAGCUUACCCAUCUCCCUCGGAGUCUGACGAAUCGUUGCGAGGGCAGGGGAUUCUGGAAUGUUCCUCUCAUGCUGAUGUUCAACAUGAGGACCUUCUGUUUUUCACCAGCAGAGGAGGCGAGAGCUCUUGUGACACCCCCCCUAUGGACUGUGACCUGGGUGAAAGUUCCAGCGAGAGCCUUGAUAAAUUUCCACUGCAGCUGUGUACGACAAACGCAAACAUGAGCAUCCUCACUGAAACUCAGCCCUAUAACGGCAGGCCGCUUCCUGUGGAUGAAAACAAUAGCUUGCAUCCCCAGCCUGCCCACAAAGCUUCAAUGGAGGUCAAGUUGAGUGUCGCCACAGGGUCAGAAGGGGAUAUGUCAGGGUCCGAGGAGAGGUCUGCUGAGUUGGGUCCCCGAAGCGGGACCUCUGAGGCUUGGCCACAAACGCAUCUCUCGCUAACAACUGAUGAUGCUUGCGGAUAUAUGGCCGAACAGCCAGCCUAUGAAUCAGACAAGGUGGUUUGUUUAGGACACAAAUAUUUCAAUGCAGUGGAUCUAUUGACCACUGACACCACUGUGGCUCUCGACGUCAAGUCCAACCUUCUUUUAACCUUUGACCCUCUGGAUAAUGCCGGCAUAUGCACUUCGAUGCCCAAACCCCCUGUAUGGGCCGUUUUAAGAAAUGAAGAACUGUCCCAGAACAAAAGCCAAACAAUUGGCAAAACCCCGGUGACAGAAUGUAUAAAAUACCAUCUGGAUCAAAAUGCAAAGCAGCCCUCGAUUACCCAGCAGUCGUAUUUUACCUGGACGAGAGACUCUGAAUCUACAGACCCUCAACAGUGUAUAACUUCAUCUAAAGCAGCGGAGGACUUCCAUACCCCUGCAGGCUCCCAAAAGUGUACCAGCAUGGCGUCCGUAUGCAGGGCUAAUACACGCAGGAAACAGCCCCACCCCAACCGGAGCGCCGACGCCACAGACCCCGACUUCCAGGGUGUGAUGUUCCGCAUGCAGGGCGAGCUCGACCACAGUAGGGGGCAGUGUCGACUACUGGUCUUCUCCAAGUACAGGAUUUCCUCAUCACACAGAAGAAAACCAAGGCGGCGGACACGGCCGUCCCAGAGCUCCCUCAGGAGCAGCAGCUCAGAGGAGGACCUGGACCUGUCAACCAGCAGUUCCAAGAGCAAGGAGUGUGCGUCCUGCUGCACCAAGAAGACCCCAAUGUGGAGGGACGCGGAGGACGGGACUCCGCUCUGCAACGCCUGUGGCAUAAGGUAUAAGAAGUACAGAGUGCGAUGCGUCAACUGCUGGCACAUUCCUAGAAAAGAGGGCAACACCCACUCACGCUGCCUCAAGUGUGGAAACUCUGUACUGCAAACCUCAGCUCUGCAUAAACACCAUGCCUGCUAGGGCAUACACUGGGAAGUGGGCAAACAGGUGCCACACACACACACACACACACACACACACACACACACACACACACACACACACACACACACACACACACACACACACACACACACACACACACACACACACACACACACACACACACACACACACACACACACACACACACACACACACACACACUAUGUUUAUAUACAAUUAAAAUGCCUGGCUACAAAUAGUGAGAAUGGGAUGAGCGGUACAUCCUGCACACUUAAAGGCUUACUACUGGGAAGGAUUUAAUUGUAGGGAAUUGUAACCAUUUGCCUUUUAGACACACAAUAACAACGAUCCGGUACGAAUGGUUAUGUGUGUAUCGCAUCUAUUCAGAUCAGUUCAUCUUUUUUUCAUGCACAUGGUAUAAAGAGUUUCAUACAACUGUUUACCCCUUUAUGAACAUUUGUUUACAAAACAAGACCUACAUUUAAUGUACAUGCUUGUCUACUGUAUUUUCAAUACAUGAUUGGUCUUAUAUGUGCAAACUAAUUGCUUUCAAUGGUACACGUUGUUGUUGCUGUUUUGAAAUAAUAUUUAUUUGUUGUUCUGUUUUUUUUAUAUACGUUUUUAUAUAUUAUUCUUUGGCUAAGAGGUGCACUUUUCUUGCUUAAUUCUAAACUAUUUAAAAAAGUUCUGCAAAAGUGUGCAUUAAAAUCUGUGAUGAAAAAGGCUGCUUCUACCUUCUCAAUUGUUUGGAAUAUUAUAAAAAAUCUUGUUUUGUCAGCAUAUGAGCUGCUUCUUCGGAUGAAAAGUUUCCCCCUAAAGUUGCAUUGUAAACGUCUUUAUUGUAAACGGGAGAAUUAUCCUCUUGAAUAAAGCCUUCUCCAGAGACACUGCACCCGUAGCCUGUGUGCUCCCCGACAAUAAUACGCAGAGCUCCAAUGAAGAAUAUGCAUUUUAACAGAAUUGCGUGAAAUAAAAUGUGUGGCAGUAUCCUUUGCUGUGUAAGGCAUAAGAGGAUAUAAUGAUUUGUUGGCUGUAUUUUAGGAGGACUUUAUUUAAACAGUGGGGCAGGUUUUUACCAGUUGUAUUUGUUUGAGAGUCACAGACCACCCAGUAAACGAGAGCCAUAAUGGACCAAUGAGCAGAGCCCAGCCGCCUCCAUAAGGGCACACUUAAUGGAUAUUUUCCUAUUGGCUUUGUAAUUGAAUUAAUGUCAAUAAAAAUGAAAGAUUGCGAUCUCCAUAGCUUUUAAAGGGUCCGAUUUAA